UUCGCUUCAUAGAUCUAAUUUUGGGCAUGAAUAUCGCUCAGGUUCGAGCACAUAAAUUUCAGAUCAAGACCAUGUCCUGACAUCUUAAUGACCAUUACCAGGAGACGAUUCCUUCAACCGUGCCUUGGCUCAUCGGGAUUUUAAACAAACAUAACUCUUCGUUUCACCGAAUCCAAUUCAAAAUGUCUUCUACAACAACCACCACUGCCUCUACAGCAACAUCAUUGUGCCACGCAAAGCUCUACGAAAUCCCAAGCAGGGAUGCUGCGUGUGCCAUGCCCAUGAACAACGCCUACCACACUCUCAUGACGGACUGCUGUGGCUCCGCCAGCGUUAUCCCCUACUCGGACUGCGACUAUUACUGUCUUGCGCAGAACCAGACCAUUGGCGACCUUGCAGAGUGUCUAAUUAAGGGCUCUGCCGCGGGACAGGUAUGGUGCAAUACCAAUGCGAAUGCUACGGCUACGGGCACUCCGAGCGCAACGAAAGAUGAAAAGUCUGACCCGACUGGAUCGAAUGAGGCGGCGGCUACGGGUUUGGAUACUAAGUCUGUGUUGGUGUUGAUACUGGUGAUGUUUGGUGGCAUCGCCCAGCCUCUUGUUUGAGGUUUAUUUGGUGAAAGGGGGGGCUACAUUGUACCUUAACGUACUCUACUUGGGGUUCUUUUGGUUUAUUUUGUCAACUGAUUUGUAUAUACACAAAGUCGGGUCUAUUAUAGCUUAUACCUGGGUAUGGAC